UUUUUACUUUCAUUCCUUUUCAUUCAGUUUUCCGCAAAAAAGAUGUCUGCACAAGAAAUUCAAGUUGAACCUGUUGUCGCUGACGUUAAGUCUAGCACUGCCUCCUCCGUCAAGUCUUUCCUUUCAGGUGGUUUCGGUGGUAUGGCUUCGGUUUUAGUCGGUCAACCUUUUGAUCUUGUCAAGGUUCGUCUUCAGACUAGUGAAGGUGUCUACAAGAACACUGCCGAUUGUUUCAAGCAAAUUGUAAAGAAAGAUGGCCUUACUGGUUUGUAUCGUGGUAUGGCUACACCUUUAGCCAGUAUUACACCUAUUUUCGCCGUCAGUUUCUGGUCUUAUGAUCUUGGUAAGAAGCUUGUGUAUGGAUUAAGAACCGAUAAGACCAACACCAGUAAGCAACUCACCUUGGCCGAAAUUACGAUUGCUGGUGCAUUCUCUGCUGUUCCCACCACAUUAUUCAUGGCACCUUCUGAACGUGUCAAGGUCUUGAUGCAAAUCCAAGGUCAAGGUGGAGAGCAAAAGUAUAAGGGUCCCUUGGAUGUUGUUCGUCAGUUGUACAAGGAAGGUGGUGUUCGUUCCAUCUGGAGAGGUACUGGUGCUACUUUAUUACGUGAUUCUCCCGGUUCUGCUGCAUACUUUGUUGCUUAUGAAUUGAUCAAGAAGCAACUUACUCCCGCUGGUACUCGCCCUGAAGAUUUAAGUUUCGGUGCCGUCUUAUUUGCUGGUGGUAUGGCUGGUGUUGCCAUGUGGACUAUCGCUAUUCCUCCUGAUGUUCUUAAAUCUCGUUUGCAAUCCGCACCCGCUGGUACUUAUAGCGGUUUGGGUGAUUGUCUCAAGAAGACUCUCAAGGCUGAUGGUCCUGCCGCUCUUUUCAAGGGUCUCGGUCCCGCCAUGUUGAGAGCUUUCCCUGCUAACGCUGCUACUUUCUUGGGUGUUGAAUAUUCCAUGAGAGCCAUGAACUUGGUCUUUUAAUUUUUUUUUUCUUUUUUAAAAAUAAAAAAACACUUGUAUAUAUACG